AUGACUUCCGUCUCUCAAGGUGGCAGCACUAGUCCUCGCUGGGAUAGUCGCAACCAGGGAUUCAUCUCUCCUGCUCGACUUCAACAGUGGAAACAGGCUCAGCGCGCCAAUAAUCACGAGUUCCCACCUUCCCCGCCGCCAGAACUGCCCCCACCACAGGAUACGCGGCCAGCAGCGAGCAAGAGAGCUUCGUUGCCCUUGAGUCCAUCGUUUGGUGGACACUCGAGGACACUCUCCGCAUUCUCCCUGUUCAGAACGAAGGCGACUCAAGAUGAUAUUACGGUGGCUUCAAGCAGCUCAACAGACAAGCCUCAGCCCCGAGUAGCUACGCAGCAAAAUGGAUCGGCGAGACAACCGACGAGUUCUCAGAGAAUGCCCAUAGAUCAUGAUAAGGAGUCACCUUCGGAGGACACAGCGCAAGGUCGUCCCAGUGGCGAUAUUGUUGUGCUCAAUCGGGGGCUGUCUUCACGGGGUGUGUCACCAUUGCACCCCGAGAUCCGCUCUAUCGUCCAGCUUACAUUGGCACAUACACACAAAAUCUAUUUUUCUGGACCUCUCGACAAGUGUGUAGAGCUGCAACCGGAUGGCAGCAAGCCUACUAGGGACGAGGGCUGGCGAGACGUGUGGGCGCAGCUCGGUGGUACGACCUUGAGCAUAUGGGAUAUGAAGACGAUCGACGAGGCAAGCAAGCAGGGAAAACAGGUUCCUCCAAGUUAUAUCAAUGUAACAGACGCGUUUGUAAGCUUUCAAGGCGCCGUCACAAUACCCGCAAGAGCGGGCUCUCCUGAGAGGACAUAUAACAAUGUCCUCACCCUUAAUACGGCCGGAUCGAACAGGAUCCUCUUUGCAGCCCCAGGUCUUUCUCCGGCAGUGCUAGUGGCUUGGUUAGCUGCUCUGAGGCUGUCUGCUUGGGAAAAAUCUAGACUAGAGGAGAUUUAUACUGCCCAUCUUAUUAGGAUUACCCUCAAUGACGGAAGAGAUACACCUACUACACUGGUCAGUGGCAAGAUGGAAGGGUGGGUGAAAGUUCGUGUCGCGGGACAAGUGGAUUGGAAGCGGAUGUGGAUGGUCAUUUCAGCAGGUGGGCAAACUUAUGACGGUUCAUCCGUCUCGUCCACCGACCAGAACAACCGGCCAGAAUCUCCGUCCUCCCAGAAUGUCCUACGGAAAAAGCGCGUAUCCAAUCUAUUCUCACGCGAUCGUAGUCCCCCGCGGUCGCUUCGUCCCUCGAAGCCGAUCAUCAAUCUGUUCGCCUCUCCGAAGGCAAAAGACAGGAAAAACCCGCUCUUGACAGUACAAUCCGUUUCUCAAGCAUUUGCCGUAUACCCAGAGCGACCGGACCUGAUCAACUGCAGCACAUUGAUGAAACUGGAAGGUCUUUUAGGACAUCAGGAGGCUGCUGGGAGCAUGAAAAUGCGUGAAAGUUGGCUCAUGGUUUUGCCCGAGCUCGAGGGGCCCAAUAUCAACGUAUCAGAAAUGUUAAAAUGGCUCAUUGCCAUACACGACGCCUUCGAGCUGUAUGGGCGACCUGAAAUGUACAGCUGGGAUCCUAGGGAUCCACGCAGUAUGAUGUUUGGUUAUCCAGUUGGACCGCAGAAAGAUAUGCUGUUCUUGGACCGUGAACACGCAGAAAGUUUAAAUAUCAGGGAUGAGCGAACGUCGGCCAUUAGAAAGUCUCUUUUGCUCAUCAUGGCAGAACGAAUGCGCGAUGUUGUGACGGAUAGCACCCCGUCUUCGGCCUCGGAGGAUCGACCACCCAUCUUGCCUCCACUGUCAAGCGUCAACUCCACUGAUCUUCAUGCGAAAGUCGAAGCCCCUACUGGACCAAAGCCACAGGAAAAGCAAGCAUCUGCUGGGCAAAUUUCGUUGCAGCUACCUCGUAUGGACUUUGAAGAUCGGCCCUCCGACAUGGAGCCUCCCGCAGUCCCUGACAAACGCUCUCUUACGCCUAUCACUGAGCGCAGCGUAACUCGGGACCCGAGUCGGUCGCUAUCUGGGGAGAACUCGCCCUUGAAAACGUCGGCACAGCAAAUUUCGCCGCCUACGAUCGUGUCGGUCGUGGAGUCUUCACAACAGGCAUCCUCGGUACUAGGCGAUCCCCUGGUUUCCAGUCCUACAGCUGCGACCUCAGCGGAUGCCAACAGCCACGGCCGUCGCAGUGAGGACUCAUAUUUUUCCCGCCCAGAUUCAAGACUGAGCCGUUCUGAACUGGUUCGCGCAUCGUCGAAGUCGACCAUGGCGAACACUGUUGUCGCUCAAGCCCCUGAUGUACCAGCAAAGCCUCCCACGUCUGUGGAGCGUGACGCGCGCGUAGCAAGUCCCCAAUUCUCACAACGAACUUCGUCUCCCACUGCUACUGCUGUAAAUGAUCUUGGUCAUAACGGCAAAGCCUCUCCUCGACCACUUUCUCCAAAGUCUCCCAGGCCAUCCUUCUCCGCAACAUCGGCCACGUCAUCUACACAAAGGGACAGUGCACGACCAUCAUCGUCAAAAUCCAUUCCUACUUCGCCUAGUCCCCCGGUCCAGCCUCCGCAAUCGAAGUCCGUAGACUCGGACGACAUAUCAUUUGCAGCUGGAGCGUUGUAUUACAUGCAACACAUGCAGGACGAGUCGCCAAAGAAACCACUACCGUAUCAACGCCAUCCCCCGCUGCCUGUUGGUACUAGCAACACAGACGAAGAUACGGCAUCAGAUGACAGUGAAUAUACGCCGCCUCCUCGAGUCACCACCAGUCCGCUCAACGUACGAUACUCGAGUCCACCGCGGCCUGCUCAAGGCCCCGAACGCUCGCUCCCUUCCAGGCGCGAGACGAAUCAGUCUGUCGGGUCUUCACGGUCAAACUUGACCGCCGCGUCUGAGACACAGUCGGCAAUGUCCGCGUCCAGAUCGGGCAGCGGUCGUAAGCCAACUGGCGCACGUGCGGCUCCCGCAAGUAAAACGCCAGCCAGCUCUACCCGCAAUUCUUCCACCCCCGACCGUCGCCUACCAAGCCAGGACGAAGUCGAUUACGACGGUAUGGCCGAGCAAGAUGAAGAUGCCUCCGCUCCCCCAGCCAGAGUCACUCGUGCCCUGCAAUCAUUAGAGGAUCCUGACGCUGACGCGCUAGCCGCGUUGUCGUUCUUGGAGCAAAGUGAAAGCUUCGACGUUGCUGCGCCGCAACCACAGAUUUCGUCUCAAGCAGCUUCUCCAACUGGACUGCAGGCUUCCACUAGCCCUUCCUCUGGAUCACGGGAAUACAGAUCAUCCUUUGCGCCGUCCAAGCAGGCCGCGGAACGGAAGGCGAAGAUGCAGGCACAGCAAGCUGCUCAGCAGGCUGCUGUGAGUCGUCCGGGCAGAGUAAAUGGUCGGGGGAAGCCUCGUACGAGUCAGGGAGCGUGGGCUGAGAGUAGUGACGAAGAAGAGGAGGAAGAAGAGGAGGAAGACGAUGAUGUCGACUCGGAUACGGAAUUCCCCCCGCGAGCUGUGAGUGGUUCAGGACAGCCAUCUGUAGCUGGAUCUGUAGUGCCGAGCAACUCGGGCAGCACUGCAUAUCUUCCGAACAGAGGUCCUUCUCCAGGCGAUCCGAGCAUGUACCCUCAAGGACGUAGGCCGGCUCGGGAGCUCCCCCAGCUGCCGGGACAGAAUCCUCCUGGUGUUCAUGAAGAAUACUUGAGCCCUCAACCUCGUCGCAUUAUCUCUGAAGCGUACUCUUCACGCCAGAUCCCAAUGCCUGAAGGACCUCGCCAGCCGCCUUCGCCUCAGCCUAACCUGAGACCGCAACCCGAGCACCCCAAUCAGGCAGCCCAUCGUCAGACUAUUUGGAGUCAUGCCCUUGAAUCUGGUAAAGGCUCAUCGCCUCCGCCCAAUGGUCCAGUCAGGGAUACAUUCAUCCAGCUUGAUGCACCAUCGCAAGCAAUGACGAAAGCGUUCACUCCCCACGGCUUAUUAUCGGCAGGUUUGCAAGAUAAGCAAGAUCGCUCUGCGAAGAGGCAAGAAGAAUUUGCGAGGGAAACAGGCGCAUCGCUUAUCAAUGUGCCCAACAAGCCUCCGCCGCCACAAACAGGUCUACUUGGUGCCGUUACUGCGCACGAACGGGAGCGCAAGCGCGAAGGUGGUAUUGGCGCUGCUUUGACCGAGCGCGAGCGCGAAAGGCGUCUGGCCGAGGAGCGGCAACGCAAACUCGAUGAAUUCCAACGCCAGCAACUCGACCAAAUGCAGCAGGGUGGAUCAAUGUACGGCGGAAUGGGUAUGCCUGGGUUCAAUCCGAUGAUGGGAAACCCGAUGAUGAUGGGCAUGAAUCCAAUGAUGACGGGAGGCUGGGGAUAUCCUGGGAUGAUGCCUGGUUUCAACAGUCCGCAACACAUGAUGGCCGCUCAGCAGGCUGCAAUGCAGGCGUACCAGCAAGCCAUGAUGGCGUUUUCCGCGGCUGGCUCUAACCUCGGAGGCGACCAUGGUCCUCAUCCCCUCAAUCCGAUGAUGACCGGUGGGAGCAUGGCAAUGGGCGGGAUGGAUCCACGUAUGUCUAUGAUGGGCAUGCCAAUGAUGAGUCCGACCAUGGGUAUGAAUCCGUCAAUGGGCAUGAACCCUGGGAUAGGGAUGGGAGGCGGCAUGAACAUGAAUCCUGGUAUGGGGAUGAAUCCAGGUAUGGGCCCGGGCAUGGGGAUGAACCCAAUGAACAUGGGGAUGGGGAUGGGACCACAGAUGACGGGAGGAGGAUUUGAUUCACGCCCGUCGAUGGGCUUUGAUGGCGGAUUGCAGGCAUCUAGCGAAGAGCCAAGUGGUCGACCAUUCUCUUCUCAGAACAGCUCUGCGAACGGUCAGGGUUUCUUUUCCUUGGCUUGGUCAUGGACAUUUGCUGAAGGACGCUGCGCAUUUGAUACUCUACUCGUAAUUCCGUUCUUCUCCACCAAGAUGGGUGUCAAAUCACUAUGGUCUUUAUUGGAUCCAGUGGGCCGACCGGUGCUGCUCGAAACCAUGGAGGGCAAGGCGAUGGCCAUAGACUCGAGUAUCUGGAUAUACCAGUUUCAAGCGACUAUGCGAGACAAGGAGGGCCGGGGUUUGGUGAACGCGCAUGUGCUUGGUUUCCUGCGGCGCAUCUGCAAGCUGCUGUUCUACGGUAUUAAGCCUGUCUUUGUCUUUGACGGUGGAGCGCCUGUACUUAAGAGGGCCACUAUUGCCGAGCGCAAGAAGAAAAAGAGCGGAGCUGCUCUAAGUCAUGCAAAAGUUGCGGAGAGGCUCUUAGCGGCACAGAUGAGAAGGGAAGCAUUGAAUCAGGUUCAGGCCAAGUCAGCUGAGGGCUCAAAGAGCAAGAAGGGGCUGCCUGUAGGCCCCGCUGUCAUUGACGAGAACACAGUGUAUCUUGAAGAUCUUGAUGACAAUACCCCUAAAACACCAGCAAAAAAAGCACCCGAGUCUUCACCUCCGUCGUCCAAAAGGUCGCGAUGGCACGACCACGAUCCUUACAAGCUCCCAGAGGUUGAUAUGAAUUCAGUUGUUGCCCAAGCAACGCGUUCCGCUGCGCCAGAUCCUCGUCUCGCCACGGAAGAUGAAUUACGAGCAUUCAUCGAGGAAAUGCGGCCAGAAGAUUUUGACGUCUCCUCCCCGGAAUUCCGGGAGCUCCCCACUGAGGUGCAGUAUGAAAUCAUUGGGGACCUUCGGCUCAAGUCGCGUCAGACAUCCUACAAGCGUCUACAGAAUAUGCUCAAGAAUGCAAAGACACCUCUUGACUUUUCCAAAGAGCAGAUUAAGAAUCUAAAGCAUCGUAAUGCACUGACGCAGCAACUUCUCAUCACAACCGAUAGCAUCGGAAAGGCUCAUGUUUCUAUUCCUAUUCGCAUUGCUAGUGAGAGAAAUAAAGAAUAUGUGCUACUGAAGAACGAGGAUGGAGAAGGAGGCUGGGUUCUUGGUAUACGAGACGAUGGCACACAAAGCAAGCCUAUUGAGAUAGAUCAACUGACUCAGAAGGUUCCGGACAACGACAGUGAUGACGAUAUGGAGGAGGUGCCGAUGCAUGUAUAUCUUCUUCCAACGAUUGCAUCGAUAGCUUAUAAUGUUAUUCUUUCAGUGCUAGUCAAACACCAGUACUCUCCAAAAAAAUCGACACCAUUGACAGCCAAACCGAGGACAAGACCGAAGGAUUCGCGACCGCUAUUCGCCCCGGAAGACGAAGACGUGUCUGCUGUUCAGAGUAAUGAUGAGUCCCCAGACGACGAUCCAGAACUUGCUUUAGCUAUUCAAGAAUCACUUGAAUACACAGAGGCUGCUACCAUCCAAGUGGCUCUGGAUGCUUCACGCCAAUCGGCGCGUGCUUUGCUCAAAGGGAAUGCAGAGGCCUCCUCAUCCAGAGUCACAUUGGACGAUGUGAGGCUUGCAACGCCGUCGUCGCGAUCCGGCACGUCCCGUACUGAGGCAUCCUCUGGGAAAACCAAUGAGUCUGAUGACGAUGACUUGUACGCAUCCCCGAUGCGCUUGGAGACGGCCUUAUCUAUCGCAGGUGCGGGGCCCUCCAGGAGAUCUCUCUCGCAGAUCCAGAAAGCACCACCUUCCUCGUCCAGGUUUGGUCUGCCUACACUUCUCCUUCCCGAAAACAUGUUUGCAAAAGCCUCUGAACAAUCUAGUCCGGAAUUUUCCGACUCUGAUGCUGAUAUGGAAGAGGUAACGGGGCCACCAAUCACCCCAUGCACGUCCACUCAAACCAUCCUCCCUUCAUUUGCACCUGUGACCAUAGAGUCGGACUCAGAGAGUGACAUGGAAGAAGUCUUACCAGUGCUCAAUACAUCAGAGGAUCUGCAAGCAUCCACACCGGCCGCUGCCCGUUCGUCUUCUGUACUGAUUAAGGAGCCAGAAGAUGAUCUGGAGGAAGUGUCGUUGCCAAGUGCAUCAACGAUCGCGCCGGCAAAUGAGCGAACCAUGACCCCGCCGCCAUCGAGGUCUCAUGAUGUGGAACCGGAAUUACAAUCUAUGAUAGAAGUCCAGCUCACUCCGCCUCGGAAGUCUGUCUCAUUUCAAGCCCCACCUGUCGAUCGCUCUCGCACUUCCGCAAUGCAGUCAGCUGGAGAGUUUGUAACUGAUCGCCAUUUUACUAAAAUUCAACCAACAAAUGUGCUCACGCCAAAUCACGUACUACUUACUAGAUCGUCUCCUCGACCUAAGGAUACAGAGUCGCUCUCACCAUCAGCUCUUUCAGCCAAAAACAGCGGAAACAUAAGCCUAAUACGAGAAGAAAGUUCAUCUAGUUCUGAGGACGAAGAAACGAACGUGUGGCGCCGACCACGAUCCCCUGAUGCGGAACAUCACGACAGCGUAGGUCGUCCGGUGGAAUCUACAGUUGAUGGCUGGGACGCUGCAGAGGAGAUGGAUCCCCAAGCCGAGGAAGGAGAGUUUGCGCGCUUCAUAUCACAUGUGAAGGGCAGAGACCUUGAGGCUGUUCGGCGGGAAAUCGACGAAGAGAUCAGGGAUCUUCACCAGCAGAAGAAAAUCGCCAUGCGAGAUUCCGAAGAUAUCACUCAGCAAAUGAUUUCUCAAAUCAUGAUUAUGCUACGUCUGUUUGGUAUCCCAUAUAUUACGGCCCCGAUGGAAGCUGAAGCACAGUGUGCUGAAUUACUAUCUCUCGGGCUUGUUGAUGGCAUCAUCACCGACGACUCUGAUGUAUUUCUGUUCGGGGGGAUGCGAGUUCUGAAGAACAUGUUCAAUCAGUCCAAGACGGUUGAAUGCUUCCUCCUUUCCGACCUGGAACGUGAACUCGGGCUUGAGCGCGAUAAACUUAUCCGAUUGGCCUAUCUUCUGGGCAGUGACUAUACCGACGGUCUCCCUGGGGUUGGACCUGUUGUCGCCAUGGAACUACUGAAAGAGUUUCCUGGCCAGGACGGUCUGCAUAAGUUCAAGUACUGGUGGCAAAAGGUACAAAGCGGGAAAGAUACUAAAGAGGAUACUAACUCCGGGUUCCGUAAACGCUUUAAAAAGCGAUUCAAAGAGCUGUACCUGCCUGAUGAGUGGCCGAAUCCCGCUGUUAGAGACGCUUAUCAUCAUCCGACCGUUGACGAGUCCGAAGAACCCUUCAAAUGGGGGCUUCCAGAUCUGGAUGCCCUUCGCAAUUUCUUUAAUUCUGAGCUUGGCUGGCAGCAGGCGAAAGUAGAUGAUCUCCUCCUUCCAAUUAUCCGCAAGAUGGGCAAGCGUGGACAAAGCUCCGUCCCCAACAAACAGGGGACGCUGUUGGGCUUGUUUGACGCACCCGUGGGUGCAGGCCACGCCCCUCGCAAGAGGCAGGCAUAUGCAAGCAAACGUUUGCAACAAGUCAUUUCAGACUUCAGGAAGGAGCAAACCCGACUCCAAAGUGCAGAUACAGCGGAGGGCGAAUCUUUGUCCGACUCUGUAUCUGAACACGCACAACAACCAGCGAAGAGGAGGAAGACUAACGGAACAAAGGGGAAAGGACCCGGGCAUACUGCUAUUGGCGAAAAGAAAGCACAUACUGUUGGCCGAGGGAGGGCGAGUCGCGGCGGAAAAGCCAACAGACCAUCCCGGAAGCGUAAACCAUCAGCAAGUGAGGAUGAACUUGAUACAACGCCAACUUCCAGCAAGGAUCUAUCACCACCACCUCCACUAGCUGUCAAUUUGCGACCCAGACCCAAACCAGUGUUCAAGGGUGCGUCAGCAUCUGUGGAUGUAUCUGAUGGAGGCAAUGCGACCGCUGUGGAGAUGUAA